AGGAGGAAGCGGCAGCAGCAGCAGCAGCAGCAGAAGCAGCAGCCAUGGCGUCCGGAGAUCCCUUGCAAGGGCUCCGCGAGGAAGCGACUUGCUCCAUCUGCCUGGAUUACUUCGCGAGCCCGGCGACCAUCGACUGCGGCCACAGCUUCUGCCGAGCCUGCCUCGUCCAGUACUGGGCAGAGUCCGGCGCGGGCCCCUGCUGCCCUCAGUGCAGGGAAGCCACCCAGCAGAGGAUCCUCCGGCCCAACUUGCAGCUGGCCAAUUUAGUGCAGCUGGUCAGGCAGCUCAAGGCGGACGCGGGAGAGGACUCGGGAGAAGCCAGCCCGGCCUCCUGCAAGGACGACCCGGCCCUGCUCUUGGGGGCGGAGGGCGACCCAUCCAAGGGGGAUCCGGCCCCCCACGACUCCUCUCCCGCAGAAGAGGCUUCCCUGCAGUAUAAGAGGAAAAUCAAGUCGCACCUGACAUUUCUGAAGAAGGAGAGAGAAAAGCUGGUGAACCUGAAACUUGCUGAAGAGAUGGGGAGGCAGGAGUGUCUGACGUUGUUUGAAACGGAGAAGAAGAAAGCCCAGUCUUCCUUUGAGCGAAUGCACCAAUUCCUUGUGGAGAAACAGCACCUCUGGCUGGGCCAGCUGGAAGAUCUGGAGAAAGCGAUGGAGAGGAAGCAGGAGGGAAACCUUGCCAAACUCUCCGAGGAGAUUUCCCGACUCAACGAGCUGAUCGUAGAGAUGAAAUGGAAGUACCUGCAGCCCACGAGCGAAUUGUUACAGGACACCAGAAGUUCCUUAAGCAGGUACGAGAAGAAUUUUGGGGGGCAUGCGGUGGUCCUUUCUCCCAGGCUGGAAGAGAAGCUCAGAGUUUUCUCGCAGAAAAAUGCUGCCUUGGAGAAAGCUAUGGAGAACUAUAAAGAAUCUCUGGAGCAAGUUCUGCAACCAGAUUGUUUGAAGCAGACCUUGCAGAAAGCGAACGUGACUCUGGAUCCGGACACAGCCCACCCCUUCCUCAUUCUGUCCCAGGACCUGAAGGCUGUGCGGAGAGUUCAGAGGGAGCAGGACCUGCCUUUCCACCCCGAGAGAUUUGACACAAUGCCCUACGUGCUGGGCUGCAACAGAUUCACUUCCGGAAAGCACUGGUGGGAGGUGGAGGUGUGGGGCAAGGCGACAUGGGCCGUGGGGGUGGCCACGGAGUCGGUCAGGAGGAAGGGGGGCGUCGACAUCAGCCCCCACCAGGGGAUCUGGGCCAUGGGCAAGCCGCCCUGCUACUCCCCCUCCCCCUGCCAGUUCUUGGCUUUUACUUCUCCUCAGCCAACUGACCUGACCUUGAGGAGAGAGCCCAGGAAGAUCCGCGUGGCCCUGGAUUGCGAAGCGGGCUGCGUGGAGUUUUCCGACGCCGACACGGAGGAAUUCAUCUUCGCUUUCCCUCCGAGAUCGUUCUUCGGGGAGAAAAUCCGGCCCUUUCUGCAGGUGUGCUGCGACGUCAGCCUGAAAUGCUGAAGGCCGCCGUGAAGCGCAAACUCUACGGGGCCACUGCCCUGAGAGGAGCAAAUCCUCUCCGAAACUUCUCCGUUCUAGAUGGUAAGAUUCUUCCAUCAGGAGACAAGAAAAGGCAGCAAAUAAGAACAGUCUGGGUUCGAUGGUCCCUUUCGUUACCACUCUUUGAAAUGAUCGUUCUAAACAAAAUAGGAAAAAGCUCCAAAUGCAGUGGUACCUCUGGUUGCGAACAAGAUCCGUUCUGGAAGCCCCUUCACAACAUGAAAAGAACGCAACCUGCAGCGUUGGGGUUGAGGGCAUGAUUAUUUCAAAACAUUGCAGGGAAAGGAAGCUUCUGACCUUGACGGUUUUGAGUUUUUUUCACUGGUUGCUGCUUAUUUCCAGCACUUUUUCCCUGCAUAGGAGUGAAUAUCUAGGCCCCCCUUGGAAUAAUUCCAGCAACAUCCCUCACGUGUAAUGUGCCUAUUCAUUCUCUCUCUUCCCACCCCUCCUCUAAUUUUAUGACACUGCAAGAUAAAAAGGAUGACUACAGGAAGCUUCACAGCAACACUGCCAUCUUUAAAUUAUUUUUAUUCCAUUUUCUUGUAUAAGAUUUCUUACCUGUCCUUCACCACAGGGUCUCAGGGUGGGUUAUGGCAAUGUAAUAUAUAGCUAUAAAAGGCAAAGCCAUUGCAGCUAUCAAAAAAGAAAUAAUUCAGGUAAAACCGUUCUGUGGAACGGAACAGAGUAAUAUAAAUUCAGCCAAAGAUGUGGAUCUUAAAAAACACAAUACUUUAAUUGUCAAACUGUUAAGUGGUGCAUUUAGCAUUUUGGGGUAACAGUCACAUCUUAUGCAGGGUGCCUUUGGGUUAUGCAAUAUUUGUAUUCAUAAAUAGCUGACAAAAGGGUUCAAGACAUGUAAUCAUAAGACACACCAUAUUACAGCUAAAAGCAGAAGUUUAUCGAGGGACAUACAAAACGCUUGGUGAAGGUUUCACAUAAAGAAACUGCUUUCAGAUGAUAGAUAAUAUCUGAAAGGACAGCAGAGCAAGGCCAGACAGAUGUGUAUUUAUGGUACAGGAUAACUUCAGGGUUCUUUUUGGAAAAAGAGAUUGAAGGACAGGAUGAAAGGCUAUCUCUGAAGGACAGUUGGCAGCCUGGGGAGUGAAUCAGCAGGAGGUAGACUGAGGGAGAAGUGAUGAGUAAGCUGGCAAGGGAGACCUGGACCUAGACUCGCAAUAGUUUUUUGUGUGUGUUUGCCUUCCGUUAUUUUUCCUCUUGCACUUUAUUUCCUCAUUAAAUUAUGUUACAAUAAAUCUUUCUAAAAUCA